AAGCGAUUCUAUGUACGUGUUGACACCACGGUUGAGGCAAGUUCAAUAGCAAACUUGAUUUUGUAUCGAAACCAAAGGUCCACUUUUCCAAACACACUUUAUAUGAGUGGCACCUGCGCAACCAGAAAACAGUUCAACACACCCUUUUCUUUUCUUCUCUCUUUUCUUACGCCAUGCCCAAGCUUACUUUCUUCUCUUCUAGACAUUUCUUGGUGUUAUCCCUUGCCUUGAACGUCAGUCUCAUACUCAGAUUAAUGCUCCACGAAGGAGAAGAACCCCAUAGCCAUUCUUGUUUCGGAUCACAAACAGGGUCAUCGAUUGCAAGAACCAAUUCCAACAUGCUUAUAUCAUCAUCCAAUUCAAAUACUUGCACAACUGGAGCUGGGAAUAGAGUGAUCAACCUCGACCAUGGAGACCCGAGAGUGUACGAGAGAUUUUGGCGACGAACGGGUGAGAAGAGCACGAUCAUAAUCCCGGGGUGGCAGUCAAUGAGUUAUUUUUCUGAUGUGACCAACAUUUGCUGGUUUUUGGAGGCAGAGUUUGCAAGGGAAGUGGUGAGGUUGCACACAGUGGUGGGGAAUGCUGUCACAGAAGGGAGACACAUUGUGGUUGGCACAGGUUCUUCCCAGCUUUUUCUGGCUGCUCUCUAUGCUCUCUCCCCUACCGAUGCACCUGAACCAAUCAGUGUUGUCUGUGCCUCACCCUACUACUCAUCGUACCCAUCAAUGACGAAUCACCUGAAAUCAGGACUGUACCAAUGGGGUGGUGAUGCAGCAAGUUUUGAGAAAGAGGGUCCCUACAUUGAGCUGGUUACUUCUCCCAAUAAUCCUGAUGGACAUGCAAGAAUAUCUAAGGUCAACAGAAGCCAGGGAUUUUUGGUUCAUGACCUUGCUUAUUACUGGCCACAGUACACUCCAAUAUCAGCACCUGCAGAUCAUGAUCUUACCCUUUUCACUGUUUCAAAAACCACUGGCCAUGCUGGAAUGCGCAUAGGGUGGGCUCUUGUGAAAGACAAAGAAGUGGCAAAGAAAAUGACAAAAUUCAUAGAGCUGAACACAAUUGGAGUGUCUAAGGAUUCUCAACUCAGGGCUGCUAAGGUUUUAAGGGCAGUUUCUGACAGCUGGGAACAAGGAAACUCCAAAGAGGGGGAGUCAUUCUUCAAGUUCAGCCACAAACUCAUGGCAAACAGGUGGAAACAACUGAGACUAGUGGUGGAGCAUAGUGAGUUGUUCAGUUUGCCUAAAUUUUCACAAUCAUUCUGCACUUUUUUCAAACAGGUCUUGGAGCCUCAACCAGCUUUUGUGUGGUUAAAGUGUGAGGGAAACGUGGAAGACUGCGAAAGCUUCCUUCGAGCACACAACAUCUUAACUAGAAGUGGAAAACACUUUGGGGUCAGUCCAAAAUACGUAAGAAUUAGCAUGUUGGAUACUGAUGAAAAUUUUAGCCACUUUCUAGAGAGACUUUCUGCCAUAAAGUCGUGAUUACUGAAAUUUGCUUCUGGGUAAUGUUUGUAUGAUAUUUAGAAGUGUUAGUUUUCUGUAUGAUGGAAAGUGAAACACAGAAAUGCAAUUUUGCUCCUUCUCUUUUUGCUGCA